UGCCUGCACCCCGUUUCAGAACCACAAGGACCCGUAGAAAUCAAGGCCUGUGAGAAGCGGCCAAGCAUAUCUAUGUGCAGUCACCACUGUGCCUAUCACCAGGAGUGUCAGGCCAAUAACGUAUGCUGUUCGACCUUCUGUGGGAACGUCUGCAUGAACCGCCUGUGA